AUGUCAAACUCUGGAAAGAAGUCGACGUUUACUGGCCCGCCGCAGAGCCAGCAUCCCAGUCAGCACAAUCAACAGCAACACCCCCACCAGCCGCAGCAACAGCCAAAUUUACGACCAUCCUCCGGGGAUACGGGCUUUUUCCAGGACGCGCCUCGUCUAGGGAACCAGUUUGAAGAAGAUGUAGGGCUCAAGAGGGUUCUUUCACUUUACCUCCCCCCUGCUUUGUUGAAGCCGUUGCAUAAAGAGCUCGACUCGCUUGCUGUGGCGGCUCUUUCCCCGCAAGUGUUGCAUUGGGUCGAAGAUGCCGAGGCACACCCACCCACGCUGGAGUCACAUGAUGCAUUCGCUAACCGCAGUGAUACCUUGCGAACUUCGGAAGGGUGGAGGAGGCUAGCCGAGCUUGGCGCUCACCAGGGCAUUGUGGCUGAGGGGUAUGAGGGCCGGUAUGGGAGGAUUGGACAAUUUGCAAAGUACUACAUAUUUUCACCAUCCUCGGCAUUGACUACCUGUCCAUUUGCAAUGACAGAUGGUGCUGCCCGUCUACUAUCGCAGCAUAUCCCUCACCCGGCAACUUCGAUUCAAUCAUUUUUCAGUCUGAACUGUUCAUUGAGUUCCCGUAGGGAAGCAGAGGCAAAGCGUCAAGUAUUCUACAACGCCCACUUUCGUCUUAUCUCGCGUGACCAGUCUGCCCGUUGGACUAGUGGUCAAUGGAUGACCGAACGAUCCGGUGGCUCCGACGUUUCCAGGAGCGAAACGGUGGCUGUGUACUCUCCUCUCGCGCCGUCUUCGCAGAUAGAAGAUGGCACCGAGGAGUUGGGGCCAUGGGUCAUUGAUGGUUACAAAUUUUUUUCGUCGGCCACAGAUGCGGAUAUGACCAUCCUCCUUGCGAGGACUCCUGGUGGGGGCGGUAAACCCAGUGCAUUCUAUGCGCCCAUGAGAUUGGCGAACGGUGAGAGGAAUGGUGUGAGGAUAAUGCGGUUGAAGAGGAAGCUGGGGACUAGGGCUCUGCCAACAGCGGAAUUAGAGCUUAAAGGAAUGAGGGCAUGGAUGAUUGGUGAGGAAGGCGAGGGUAUUAAGCAGAUAGCAACGGUGCUGAAUAUUACUCGCGUUCAUAACGCUGUUAGUGCCAUCAGCUUUAUGCGAAGGGGUCUAGCCAUAGCGAAGGCAUUCUCAAAAGUCCGUGUAGUCGCAAGGAACCGGCCCCUCUGGACGAUCCCCCUUCACCUCCGCACGUUAGCACAUCUCGAGCUCUACCAGCGCGCAACAACCCAUCUGGCAUUCUUUACAAUCCACCUCCUAUCCCUCAGUGAAACCUCCGCAGCCCCAUCCACACCAUCCCCGAACGCAUCAUCCCCGCUGCAUACCCCCUCGACCCCGCACCAACUCCUGCGUCUCCUUACCCCCAUCGCCAAAGCUCUAACCGCAAAGUUGGCUAUGAGCACCCUAUCCGAAUGCGCCGAAUCCCUCGGCGGCGUCGGGUAUUGCGAGAAUGAGGAGCCCUUGAACAUCGCCCGCCUCCUUCGCGACGCCCAGGUACUUUCAAUCUGGGAGGGCACAACGAAUGUGCUAGUCACCGACCUUAUUAGUAGCUUAAAGCGUACAUCUCGCGCGGGGGGCGAAGAACAAGGUUGGGUUCCAUUCAACGAGUUUGUAGAAGAAAACUUGGGUUCCCCGGCUACAGCUACCACUAGCCUUGUAGGCGAGGUUGAAGCGGAGAUCCUUGAAAGGUGUAAAGUUGCCCUAUGGGAGGAAUGGAAAGAGUUCGAAAAGAUCUUGGAGACGAGGAGCAAGGAGGAAUUGACUUCUGGUGGGCGGGUAGUCUUGUGGACUCUUGGCUGGGUGUUGUGUGGUGUUCUGCUUAUUGUUGACGCCAGGAGGGAUGGGGAGAGGACUGCGGUGGAGUUUGCUAGGCGCUGGGUCCUAGAAAAGGCUGGUAUUUGGGGCGCUUGGGGGGAGUACGGGGUUCUUGAAGCAGAGGUUGAGAAGCGGGCGCGCGCAGAUUGUUGGGCCGUAUUUGGAGAGAAGUUGCCGGAGGUUAAGGACCGGGCUAGGUUGUGA